UGUGCAAUUUGUGUUUUGUUUCACCAGCGAGACCAGCAGUUUAUGAAGCUCAGCUGGCACUUUCUUUUAUUGCUCAAAGUCCUCACACAGGGCGUUGCGGUUCGAGGGUCGGAGCGCAGUCGAGCGCACACAAGGGGAUGGAGCAGGACCUUGUAUUCAACCUGGCACGGCCGGAGGACUACGAAGAGGUGAUGCGCAUGUCUGAAGGCAUUUACGAAGGGAAAGACUACCUGCCCAGCAUCUACCACGACUGGCUCAAGGACCCAAACAGAACCGUGAUGCUCGCACAGCUACAGGGAAGAAUCGUGGCACUGGAAUCUUUGCUGCUGACGGACGGGGGGGCGACGGCCCUCGUCGGUGGUCUCCGCGUGGGCCCCGAGCACCGGGGCAGAGGAGUGGCCGGCCUCAUCCAGCGCCACACCCUGGAGUACGUGCGGGAGCGGCACUCCGGUGUGAUGCGCAAGCACGUGCUACGCGGGGACACGGUGGGCCCCGAGGUGCUCAAGAGCCACCGGCUGCUCUUCACGCGGGUGAGGACGGGGGUGGGUCGCAAGCACGCUAACCGCAUCGCCACCGCUCCCCUGCAGGUGAUGUUCCACCUGCACGUGACAUCGGAGGCGAUGGCCGCCACCGUCGCUCGAGCCGCCGACCUCACCGACCGCUCGCUGUCUCUGGAGGUGCGGCAGAGCGAGGCGGAGGCCAUCCUCCUGAGUGCCGCCGUCGUCGACGAUCUCCUCCCCGCGCGCCUCUUCGUGCACAACUGGGAGCCCUGCCGCCCCGACCCGGUCAACUUCCCGGCUCUGAGACGCCUCGCACUCACCUGGGCGACGGACGACCCGCGCGAGCCCUCCGUGUUGAGCGUCUGCGGCCGCGCAUUUCCCAUACCCAAGCCGAGCCGCUGGUGGCGGCAGGACGUCGAUGUUUUCAGCAGCAGCAGCAAGAGUAGCUGCUGCCUUGCAGCGGUCAACGCGCAGGUGGCGUUUCACCUGGCACGGGCACCAGAGGCUGCUCCUGGAGGCAACGUUUUGCUGUACGUGAGCGUGGAGAGCACCUUGGCCGAGGGGGUCCAUGGCUUCUUGGCCAAGGUCCUUGGCUCGGCCGCAUUGAUUGAUAGAUUCGAGCAGAAGCUUUUGGAAGUAGAUUUGUAA